GGGGCUAUCCUGGGAGAAGCGCACACCAAGCAGAGCAGACCCCGCGGGCGCGGGGCACCGCUGCACGCGGCUAGGCGCUUAGCACAGAGACGGGCUCUCUGAGCUCCCCUUCAGCCAGGUCACACCCCCAUCCCCGGGGAGCAAACCCCACCCCGGCGAGCGUCAGGCUGGGUGUGGUUGGUGUCCGCGCCGGCCUCACCCCCUUUGCAAAUAUGCACAGCUCGUCCGAGCUGGCUGGCUGCGGCGGGGCUCCGGCUCGGCCCCGGGGGAGCGCCCCCCCGCGUCAAUGAGCGGCUUGGCCGCCUGCCUUCCCCAGCGCCCCGACUCUCGCAUGGGACCCUCCGCCAGCCGGGCGGCAGCAGGCUCCCGCUCCCAGGGGCUCGCCCGCCCGGUGAGCGGGGGAUGAUGCCUAAGGAGAAGCCGCUGUGGAAGGGCUUCGCGUUCCGCUUCUGCCUGCUCUCGGCCGCGGUCUUCCUCUGCCUGCAGCUGGGGCUGAGGCGCUCCUGCGCGCCGGCGGAGAAGGCGGGAGCAGCUGCGGCCAGGGCGCUGCCCGCCCGGGGAACAGAGCAGCGCCGCAAGAACGAAGUGGAGGCGCACCUGGCGCCGGGGGCGGGGCGGCCGGAGGCGGCGACCGCCAGCAGGAGGCGGGUGACCUACCUGAGAAGCAGCCGCAGAAGGAGCUCGGAGCCCGCCUGCUGCCCCCUGCAGACCCUGGGCAGCAGCCGCAGGAAGGUAGGGUCCUGUGAGACUAUACGAUGGCACGUAGACCUGCAGCCUUGGGCAAGUCCAACUCCUUCCCUGAAUUAUGAGGCCUUGAGGUUCCUGAAGUAUAUCACCACACCUCAGAUUUCAUGUGAACAUAUGAAUAUGAACAGCCUGACAGAUAACUCUAAAACCAUAAAGAAUCCGUGGUCAAUCUGUCUUGAUGACAGGUUCAGUUUAGUUCAUCGAAUCAAAAGCAAGCAAUGCCGUCUCUAUUCACUUGGACUGAGCAGUGAUGAUAACCAGUUUGAGAUCAGCAUGGCCAACAGUGGAUGUGAGGUGCAUCGAUUUGAUCCUAGUAUCAAAUCAGCUCAUAUUCAGGAGGGACAACACCUCUGGAACCAUCGCCUGUCCAUUGACUGGAGAGAUCCCAAUCCGGCAAUUGCUGCUCAUAAACUACGUAGCCGUACAAAAAAGCUUGGCACCAUCUUGAAUGAAUUUGGACACCAGAAGAUUGAUGUCCUCAAGGCAGAUAUGGAAAGUGCGGAGUGGAAAAUUUUGGAAAACCUGAUUCUGGAAGACAUUGUUGAACAGAUAGGACAAUUGGUCUUUGAAGUCCACGUUCACUGGCCUGGAUUUGAGGUCAGUGGCAAUGACAGCACGGUGGUCCGAUACUGGUACAGUCUUCUGAAAGAAUUAGAACUGAAGGAUUUCAGGCUUUUUCACACUUACAAAGACUUAUUGAAACCACAGAUGUUUCUGAAGAAGGAAGCCUUCAAUGCAAGUAGCUGUUACACACUAAGCUGGGUGAACACAAGAUGGAAAUAGCAUAAAGGAAUUGAUGACAUGUAAUCAUCCCACUCAACAGCAUUAGUGAAAAGGACAUUGGAGCAGCUGACAAAAGUUACUGAACCUGCAAACCGAGGCACUGCUAUCAAAAUGAACUGUCUUUCUGCUUCUCAGCAGUAUCACAAAAGCUGGAUGUUAUCGUGCUUUGCUUCUGAGUACUAGAAAGAGAUCUGGCGUUGAAAUUGUUUUGUACAGUGCAUCUUCCAUGGUUACAUUGAUAGACUUUAUUAGAAACAGA